AUGGGGGCCCGAACGAAGAAAGUGGAUUCACUAGUUAGGCAACUAAUAGAGAAAUGCGUCAAAUUAAACCAGAGAUCGCUGUUAUUUAUCAUUGGAGACAAGAGUAGACUGCAAGUUUCCAAUUUACAUUACCUACUCUCGAAGGUUACUAAUUCUUCGAAGCCUACAGUACUUUGGUGUUACAAAAAGAAAUUGGAAGUGUCAUCUAAUCGCUCAAAAAGACUUAAGAUCGCCAAAAAAUUAGCUAAGAAGGCGUCUUAUGAUGCGGAAAUUGAGGAUCCUUUUGAAUUAUUUCUAUCCACUACCGAUAUUAGGUAUUGCUUAUACAAGGACACCAAGCAGAUACUAGGACAGACAUUCAAUAUGCUUGUACUACAGGACUUCGAGGCCCUAACACCUAACAUCAUGUGUAGAACCAUAGAGACGGUUAAGGGCGGAGGCAUAAUACUAUUUCUACUAGAUACCAUUAGUUCGCUUGAAAGUUUGUAUUCAAUAACUAUGGAUGCUCAUCACAAAUAUUCAACUGCCAGAUUCAAUACUUGCCAAUCUAGGUUCAUCAAACGCAUGAUUUUAUCCCUCGUUACAAAUUCCAAUGCUUUAGUUGUCGAUGAUGAACUUAACAUUUUACCUAUAGUCAAUAGCACACCCAAUUCUAGUACCUUGGACGUUGAUAAUAACAAUGGAACGAUAAAUGUCAAUGCAAGAAAUGCUAAUGACUCUAAUAUUGGAGAAUUCGACUCUUUAAAUAUAUCUAAUUACGCAAAUUACGAUGAUGAUGAUGAUGAUAACAGAUAUUCUGGAGCCAAGCGACUACAUUCUAUUACUGUAACCAAAGAUCAGGGGCAAAUAUUUUACAGACUUUUAAACAUGUUAGUUAAUAAAAGAGGCACUGAACAUUAUGUUGCAAUUACUGCUGGUAGGGGGAGAGGCAAAUCUGCCGUUUUAGGAUUAAGUAUAGCUGCAGCAUUGAGUUUGGGAUUUAGUAACAUUUAUGUGGCAGCUCCUGUUGCAGAUAAUGUAGCUACGCUUUUUGAAUUUGUCGUUAAAGGGCUUGAAACUCUAGGUUUCAAACCACACACUGACUUUAUCAUAUAUUCUUUAGAUAAACAAGAAAUUGUGCCCAUAGAGACGAACAAUCUCACAAGAUUAUUCACUGGUUCCCGUGCCAAAACGACAAAAGUUACUACCCAAAUCGUAUUCAAAGGUGAAAUUAAACAGGCAAUAACCUACCUAUCUCCUUCAGAUUUGAAUAACUGGAAUUCAACUCUCACUAGUGUAGAACUGUUAGUUAUUGAUGAGGCGGCAGCGAUGCCCAUUCACAUCUUACGAAAAUGCAGGGGGUCCUUUAUAACCUUUUUAUCAUCAACUAUCAAUGGCUAUGAAGGCACUGGCAGGGUAUUGUCACUAAGGCUAUUUAAUGAGCUGGAAAGUAAACAUGGUUUGUCGAAGUUGGAGAUGAUGGAACCCAUUAGAUACGCGGCAAAUGAUCCUACUGAGAAUUGGCUUACAAAACUACUAUGUUUAAAUGCUACGGCACCUCCAAAGUUAGGGGAUGAAAUAUCGGCUCCAAAUAAAUGCGAGUUGUUCCAGGUUGAUCGAGAUGCUUUGAUGUCAUUUCAUCCAUGCGCAGAGGCAUUUUUGCAUAUCUUAAAAUCAACAUUUAUUUCAUCGCACUAUAAAAACUCUCCAGAUGAUUUCAUACUUAUGAGUGAUUCUCCAUCACAUGCCGUAUUUGUAUUGAUUUCUCCGGCAGAUAGGAUGAAUUCUGGCGUUCCCAAUGUCAUUUGUGCUAUUCAAAUAUCUCUUGAAGGAAGACUUACGAAAGAUGAAAUAUCGCAGAAUAUAAACAACUCUAAAAUGCCGGCAGGUGAUCUAAUUCCUUGGACUCUUACGCAAUACUAUACAAACGAAGAUUUUGGGGCAUUGAGCGGGGUUCGUAUAGUACGUAUUGCAGUACAUCCACAUUUACAGCGCAUGGGUUACGGAACACAGGCGAUAAAAUUGUUGAUAAAUUUCAUCAGUAGUAGCGUCAAUAACAAUGAUGAUAAACCGUACAAAACGUUCAGAUCUAAUGAUGAUGUAGUUACACCUUUGCUUGUGCCUUGUGAUGAAGCUACCUUUGGAAUUAAUGUGGACUACAUAGGGGCUUCAUUUGGUUUAACCUGUGGUUUGAUUAAGUUUUGGAACAACUUGGAUUUCUAUCCAGUGUACCUAAAACAGACACCCAAUGAGAUUAUAGGGGAGCAUUCAUGCAUUGUCAUAAGGCCAAUUACUUCAUCAUUGAUUUCUCAGAGUAAACCAACUUGGCUAAGCGGAUUUGCUAUGGAUUUUUCUAAAAGACUAUUGGCACUAUUACCUGGUCCAUUUAGUAGGUUGCCCUUAUACUCUCUAACAUACUUGCUAUUCAACAAUACUGCCAGUGAUAAUGUAGACAACACAAAUGACGUGCAUGUGAACAUUACACAAUUUGUAAAUAAUAAUUUACCAUUAUCACUGGGGUAUAAUGAUUUGGACAGAUUAGAUAGAUAUUCCAAGCAAUUUUCCCAACUCAGAUCAGUGCUUGACAUACUUCCAUUUAUCGCAUUGUUAGUUUUUACUGGAAAGAUCAGAAUAGAAUUAUCCAUUUUGCAAAAGGUGGUGCUUCUAGGUAUCGCUUGUCAGAUGAAACAAGCAGAUGAAAUUGCAGCUGAGCUAGAUUUGCCAUCCAAUCAGAUUUUGUCCAUUUUACACAGGACAAUUUUCAACAUAAAUGCACUGAUAAGGGACGGGCUGACCAAACAAUUAGAGAGGGAGACAGUGAAUUAG